CUGGCUUGGAAGAAGAUGCAGAUCUGAUGUCCUACAAUCACCAGUGAAACAGAUACCACUUCAACAGCAUCCUCACUACGCCAUUAAGGAUGUUCAUUACGCAUGGCCUGCCUUCACAAUUUAUUCCAAUACUUCUCUGUUUAUUAUUUCCUACUGAACCUUCAUUCGGAUAUACACUGAGAAAUUGUACUAUACUUUACAAGGAGAGCCCCUCUUCUGAUGUUUACUUUGAUUGUGCCUACCAGGAACAAGUGACCAUUCCUACUAGCAUUCCGAAAGAUGCAGUUUCAGUCCAACUAUCAAAUAAUUUGAUUCAGAAAAUUAACAAAGAAGAUUUAUCUGAGAUGUCAAAGCUAAGAAUUUUAAAUCUGGGACACAAUCAGAUUUCCUCUGUGGAAGAUGGUUCAUUCAAUGACUUAGUUUCACUUGAAACACUUAACAUGGGCGAUAACAAAUUAGUCAACCUAGAGGCUAACAUGUUCCAGGGGCUGUCCAACCUUACAGUGCUUGACCUCAGUAACAAUUACAUUGAGUUCAUUCACAACUCUUCCUUCCAGUUUCUGACCAGGUUACAAACUCUGGAUUUGGAAAACAACUUCAUUGGUCAAGUUAUUUAUAUUCAGCCCAUCCUACAGCUACCACAAUUACAGAUACUUAACUUAAACGGAUACCAGAAUCUUACCUUUGAGACCAAAGACCUCACCCUAAACUUCUCCUCAAGUCUGAAAGAGUUUGCAAUUUCUGGUUGUAACCUGAAAAUGUUCAGUAUCACAACUCCGGUGUUUCCUUACCUUGAAAAGAUCAACCUUUCUGCUGCUGGACAAUAUGAUGUCCUUAAAUGGAACAUACCUGACAAAACUAUACUCAGACAUGUAAACACACUGUUUCUUGUUGAACCUGUGCUUUCCUUUAAAGGAGUGCACAAGGUCCUAAAGAGCUUCCAGUCGCUGAGAUAUCUCAGACUGCAAUUCUUGCAUGAGUGGAUUAGGGAUGGAUUAUUGUCCGCAGUUUGCAAAAUACCAACUCUGAGGAAGCUUGAUAUUUUCAGCAUUCUACAUGGUUCCACGUCAAAACUUGCCCCAUGCUCACAGCUUACAGAGCUUGAUCUGUUUUUUACAGAAAUAGAUGAACUGUCAGAAGGCUCGGUAAGAUCAAUGAGGCAACUGCGUUCCCUAAAUGUGAGCACCAACCAGCUCAGCAAAGUCCCAUAUGACAUAAGAAGCCUCUCUUCACUUCAAAUCUUAAAAUUAGAUAACAAUAUUAUUUCAGAUUUGAAUUGCGAUGAUUUUUUAAACACAACACAACUUACCGAGCUUUACCUUCACAGUAACCGGAUUGGCAAGCUUGAAAGAUGCGUCUUAGAGAAUCUUAAUGAACUAAAGCUUCUAAAUCUAAGUAACAAUCAGCUAAAGGCUGUUGGAGAGACCUUUCAGUUUUCCCUCUUUAACCUCGAGAUCUUGGAUAUAAGUGAUAACAAAGUAUUUUACAUUGACUAUGGUUAUUUUCAAGCGUUGGGUAAUCUAAAAGUUUUAAAUGUGGUAAGAGAUAGAAUGGGGAGAGUGAAACAUAGAUCAUUUCAGGAGCUAAAAAACCUGGAAACUCUUAAUGUAUCUCUUUCUCAUUUUGAAGCUACGUUCAGGGGACUAAACCAUUUGGAAAAUAUGACAAUCCAUUUAUUUGCUGGUGACAAAAAUCUUCAAUCAAAUGGGAAUACAUUUUUUUUCAGCAUAACAUCUUUGAAAACACUUAGUAUAAUCUGCAAAGGCCACGAAUAUCCCAGUUUUUGCAGUUUACCAGUUAGAAUGCUUAAGACUAUGAAAUAUUUACAGAGUUUUAGGGCUGUGAAUGUUAAUUUAAAGGAUCCAAAUAAUGACACAUUUAAGUUCAAUAAACACCUCGAGAGCUUGGCUCUAACAAUGACUGAUUUGUCAAAUUUGGAUUCUGACCUCUUUCACCCAAUCCCACAUCUAAAGACUCUUGAUCUCUCAGAGACAAAUAUAAAGUCUUUGGAUUUCCUGAAACUUGCCAAUCUUUCUGCACUUAGAUAUCUGAAAAUGACUGGCAAUGAUAUCAAUGUGAUUGAUGAUGCAGUCUUCCAAUUUCUCCCUUCUCUAACAUACCUGAACCUUAGCAACAACCCAUUCACAUGCGACUGCUCGAACAUAGGUUUCAUUCAAUGGUUAAAGAACAACAAGCAAACACAGGUGGUAAACGCACAUCAGUAUAAAUGUUCCUAUCCAUUAAACAAGCAGGGAAACUUAUUGCUAGACUUUGACAUCCAGUCUUGUUGGAAGGAUUUCAGCUUUGUCUACUUCAUUUCAAGCACUUCUCUGGUUGUUCUUACUCUUCUUACAUCUUUCAUAUAUAACUUCCUGAGAUGGCAUUUAAUCUACACCUUCCACCUGUUCCUAGCCUAUCUCUAUGAGAACAAAAAAAAGAAGCAGAACAAUCAUAAUUUUGACGCCUUUGUGUCGUACAACAUCCAUGAUGAGCACUGGGUUUACAGAGAGUUGCUUCCAGUGUUGGAGGAAGAGCAGGGCUGGAAACUCUGUCUGCACCACAGAGACUUCCAACCAGGUAAACCCAUCAUAGAGAACAUUACUGAUGCCAUUUAUGGCAGCAGGAAGACUAUCUGUGUCAUCAGCCGAAACUACUUGCAGAGUGAAUGGUGCUCCAGAGAGAUCCAAAUGGCAAGCUUUCGUCUCUUUGAUGAGAAGAAGGAUGUGCUGAUUCUGCUGUUUUUGGAGGAUAUCCCUCCUCAUCAUCUCUCUCCAUUUUACCGCAUGAGGAAGCUGGUGAAGGAACGUACCUACCUUAGCUGGCCUCAGGCUGCUCAACACCCAGGGGUUUUCUGGCAGAACGUCAGGAGAGCACUGCAGGCAGGAGAUGCUGUCACUGAGAACACAGACCUGCUGACUGGACCAGAAGGACACAGAGAUAUCUAACAGAGCUGUAAAAAUGCUUAAAGGUAUAGUGGAGGAUGUUCUUUUUCCAGAAGGAUCGUCAAAAUAAGUGGUCCUAAUAACU